GUGCGACUCUCCGAACGGACUACCGUUCCUACGUUUUCGCGAUAUUGUUCAAUUGUUGUCGUUAUGUAAACGACUAUCGCAUUUACUCCUUCGAUUUUUCGAAGGCCGGCUAAAUGAUCCCGUUCGCGGCUAUCGUUUCGCUGGUGCUGUUUGUCGUCGAAUUAUCGUUUUCGUUUAAAGGCAACAACAAUGUAUUGCAUAUCGGCGGUAUAUUUCCGAUUGGCGGUAAAGGCGGAUGGCAAGGGGGCCAAGCUUGCGAACCUGCCGUCCGGUUGGCUCUGGAGGAUGUCAAUAAAAAUAACAUUUUGUCCGGGUAUCAAUUGAAGUUACAUUGGAACGAUAGCGAGGUGAGUAUGUGUAAUAUAAUUUAAAAAUAAGGAAAUAAUGUGUAAAUAUAUACAAUGGGACUUUGUGAAAUGACUUUCAAAUACAACUAUUUAAUUUUUUUGUACAACUUUGUUCUGUUGUUCUGUAUUUUUUUAUUAAAUUAAGUACCUACUUAGUAAUAUUUUUGUUUUUUCGUUUAGUAUGUGUUCUUAUUUUUAAAUUAAAUGUAAAUCUCUACCACCAUCACAAGCAUUGCGCUUAAAGGAGGUAGAUAUUUUAUUGUAAACAUUUUUAAUAUUAUGUAAAUUACUUUAUUUAUAUUUCUUUUUAAAAAAAAAAAGAGCGGACAUUCUUCACAUGUGGGUGCAACCACUGUGUGGGUGGGAAGUUGGGAAGGUAGGAUACAGACGGGAAUUUAAUGUAUGUACAUCUGUAAGCAACGCGAUGAAUCAUUGCUAACAAAAAGCGAUUCUGAGCGGAGUUCAGUUGAUAGUGUUGCUUUGUUAACAAUAUAUAUCUCAAAAUCUGAAUACAAUAUCUGUAAAAUGAUUACAACAAUAUGCGUUUCCAUGACAACAAUAAUUAAUUAAAAAAAGAUUAAAACUUAAUAACAACAAAAAAAUAAAUAAAAACGGUUGUCAAUGACAACCUUAUUUUUGAUCUUUCAAUCUUUUUUAAAAUAAAGAACCAGGUUUUUCUCAUUAUCUCGAAUAUUAAUGAGAAUUUCAACAAAUGACCUAUUUGAAGUAUCACCCAGAGAACAUUUCAAAGUGUUCUCAUAAAAAAAAAAGGAAAAAAGAAAAGAAAUAAACAUCUUUGUAAAACCAAUACAUUCUUCGCUAAAAAUAUCUAAAACAAAUAAUAUAUUUAUAUAGAUUAUUAUAUUUCUAUAAUUUCAACACGAACAAAUUUUUAUCCGGGUCUGCUUUAACAUAAUCAUUUUCUGAGGAUUAACCUUGCUUUACAGAUGUUUAUAUGUUCUUUAAAAGUAUAAAAUAGUUUGUACGAUAAUAGAUAAUUUUGGUUUUUAAAAAUAUUUAUUAAAAUUACAAGUAGUUUUUUGUUAUUAUUAAUUUAAAACUAAUUGAAAUUUUUUUUAUAAAUUUAUUAAAUCAUUAAUAUUGAGUUUCAAAUAAACGAGAACACAGCAUUAUUAAAUGAUAGGUAAUCUGUUAAUUUAUACAUUAUAAUUUAUUAUAAAUUUUAUUUAUAAAAUAAAUUAAUAAAACAAAAUAAAAUAAUAUACAAUAUAAAUGUAUACUAAUGCAUAAAGUAAAAAAUAUAGAUACUUGUUUUAACUAAAUAUUCAUUGAUACCUAUUGGUUUUUAAAAUGUUUAAUGGUUUGUAUUAAUGUUUAUUUCCUAUUUUUGUGAUCUUUAGUGUGAUCCGGGACUUGGUGCAUCGGUCAUGUAUGAUCUGUUGUAUAAUAAACCUCAAAAGCUCAUGUUGUUAGCCGGAUGUAGUACCGUAUGUACAACUGUUGCUGAAGCGGCUAAAAUGUGGAAUUUAGUUGUUGUAAGUAUAGAAUUAGUACUUAUAAAAUGUAUACAUUUCUUUAAAAAAUUAUUAAUUAUAUUACCUAAAUAAUAUAUUAUACGCAAUGUGUACAGGAUUGAUAUAAUAUUAUGAUAAAUAUAUACAUUUGUUUAAAUAUUCAAAUAUAAUUCCGUACAACAUAAUUUUGUUUAGUUAUGUUACGGCGCUAGUUCACCGGCAUUAUCAGAUCGAAAUCGUUUCCCUACGCUGUUUAGAACUCAUCCUUCUGCUACUGUGCAUAGUCCAACUAGAAUCACCCUUAUGAAAAAAUUUGAAUGGUACAGAAUUGCAAUUAUUCAGCAAACAGAAGAAGUGUUUAUUUCCGUAUGUUUUUGUUUAGUCAAAUAAUAUUUUAUAGUAAUAACAUAAUGUGUGUCUACCUACUUCAAUUUUAAUUGUAAUUGUAGACAGUAGAAGAUAUCGAAGAUCGGUGUAAAGAAAACGGCAUUGAAAUAAUAACCAGGCAAAGUUUUUUAAGCGAUCCAACUGAUGCUGUUAAAAAUUUACGCAGACAUGACGCCAGAAUAAUUGUUGGUUUGUUUUACGUAGUUGCAGCUAGAAAAGUGCUGUGCGAAAUGUACAAACAGCAAUUAUAUGGAAAAGCUUACGUGUGGUUUUUUAUUGGUAAGUAAUUGACUUGUUUUAUAAUGUUUUUCAACAUUGUUACUUAUAAUACUUAUACUAUGUAUCUAUAGGUUGGUAUGAAGAUAAUUGGUUUGAACUCAACUUGGACAAGGAAGGAAUCAAGUGCACCAGAGAACAAAUGAGAAUUGCUGCUGAAGGCCACAUUACCACCGAAGCUCUAAUGUGGAACCAAAACAUUAACCAAAAAACUAUAUCUGGAAUGGUAGUAUUAGAUUUUUCAAACAUUUAUUGAGUUUAUAGUGCAUCAAAAAUUUACAAAUUUGCUAUACACAUUAUUCAGUGCGUUAUUAGUUAUAGAUGGCCUCUGGUGGAAAUUCAAUCUGUGGAUCCAUUAUUUUCCACUAUUAUUUAAUUUAAACAUAAUAUAAAAAACGAUACCUACGUAUAAGUAUAUAUAUAUUACGCGUGUAACAGGACUAUUUACAAAUGCAAUAACUUUUAUCUACGUUUUUUUUUUUUUUUUGUUAUAAUUACUAAAUUUCUGCACGUUAUAAUUUUUAUAUUUUAUUUUAUUAGUUUAUAACUAAAAAAAAUCAUAUUCAGAUUUAUUUUUAUUAAAAAUAUUUUAUAUAAUCCAAGAUAACUAUUUUAUAUAAUAGGAUUUAAAAAAAAAAUUAUUAGUGUGUUUAAAAAUAUCAAUUAGGUUAUACCAUUAAUUUUAAUAACAAUUUUUAAAGUUUAUUAAAAUUAAAAUUUAUUCUUGCUAAUUUUACUAACGAUAAAUUAUAAUUUUUUAUCAGAUCCAACUUAAACUAAUAUGAUAAGAAUAUUAUGAAAUUGUGAAAUAUUUCAUGGAAAAAUCAAAUUAACCAUUUGAAAAUGUACGCACAUAAAAAUUUCAUAUUUCACAAAACUUUAAAAACAAUUGAUUUAACCUUGUUUGAUACCAACAUUUUUCUAAAAAUCAGAUUUAAAAAAUGAUCGUUUUGAUUAUUUUUUUAAAAUCUAUAUACAAUUUUUAUUUUGAAUUUCUAAAACAUUAAAAUUCAAUUAAAAAUAUUAUAUUAUGGUACCGAGAUUUAAUAAUUAUUAAAUAAAAAAAAUUUAAAAUAUUCGAUAGGAAAAAAGUAAUUAUAUUUGUUAAACAGUCCUAUUACAGCCUGUAUAUAAGUACACAUAAAUGUUAGUUCAUAAUUAGAAAUUGUUUAACUAAUAAUCUUUAAUAAGAAUAUUAUUAUAUCUGCAUCAUAAUUAUUUUAAUACGAAACAUUGUUUUCCCGGCUUUAGGAUUAACAAAAUGCUUGUUACCUAUUUUUCUAAAUCAAGUUUAUAUUGAUACUAGACGACUUUUUCUGUGAGUUUUAGAGUAGUGAUUUAAUUCAGUUUGUCUUAAAAAGUUGAAUUAUUAAAACAUUUUUAAGGAGUUUUCAGUUUUGAAAACAUGUAGUAAAACAUCAGGAAACUAUAAACCCAUUUUAGAUUCUGAGUGGACCGAAGAACCUUUUAGUUUUAUAAUGAUGUUGAUUUUUUUUUUAUCUGUGAAUAACUCUUCUACCAGCAAUUUUACUUCAAUUUACAACGAUAGCACUUUUUCGGAAAGUCAAUUUGACUGGGAAGGUCCUUUAGGAAAGUCAUUUUAUUAUUUUCUUAGUAGUUUUUUUCAAUAUAUUGGAUAAACUGGAAUAAAACGAAAAAAAUGUACGAAAUGUAGGUAUUGGUUAAAGAUAUUACGGCCUUUUUUCUUCUGUGGACAACUUUUCUACCAGCAAUUUUGUUCCGAUUUAUAAUGAUAGCAAUUUUUAUGAAAGGAAAUCUGACUGGGGAGAGUCAUUUUUUGAUUUUCCCGAUAAAUGGGAAAACAGGAAAACCGACAGAAAUAAAAUUAAAAAGAAGUAUGACAUACUUCGCACCCGACCACUGUUGUAGGUGAGAAGUUUAGAAGGUAGAGAGGAAAAUUUGAUGUAUAUCUGCAACGAUAAUUAUUGUUAUUAUAAUUAUGAUAAUAUUAUUAUUAUAAUAAUUGUUAUUAUAAUUAUUGUUCUUGUUUUCCUAUUUUUUUUACGGUUUCCCCGAUUUUUCCCAUUUAUUAUGAAAAUAAUUGCGAAAACCAAAAAAUGACUCUCUUAAAAUACUACCCCAGUAAGAUUUUCUGUCAGAAAAAGUGCUAUAGUUGAAAAUCGGAGCAAAAUUGCUGAUAGAAAAGUCCAAAGAAAAAAAAAACAUCAUUGUAAAACCAAUAAAUUGUUUAAAUCUCUCAGUUUUUAGUUUAGUAUUGUUAUGCUUUUAUCAUAGACUUCUGAAGACUUCCGAAAAAAACUUGAACGUGUAUUGCAAGAUGAAGGUCAUGCAAUAGAUAAACAUCUUUAUCCUGAAGGUUAUCAAGAAGCGCCUUUAGCUUACGAUGCAGUAUGGGCUGUAGCUUUAGGUAUUAAAUCUUUGUUUGUACAAAAAACAAAUUACUUGUAAUUAAACCCAAAACAUUUUGUUUUUAAAUAUUAGCCUUCAAUAAGACUAUGAGUAUCUUAGAAAAACAAGGCAAAUCAAUCACUAGUUUCAACUACAACAAUAAAGAAAUCGCAGACCAUAUUUAUUCAGCAAUUAAUUCAACUCAAUUUCUUGGGAUAUCUGUAAGUGUAUUGUCAAGGGAAAAUAGAGUUAUGUAAAUAAAUAAAUAAAUAGAUAGAUAAAUAAAUAAUAUCUAUUUACUUAUUUAUUUAUUUACACAUUUAUUAACGAGUAUUAACCAUUUUAUAAUUUUGUUUUUACUCUAUUAUUUUAUUAUUGAAAAUAUAUUUUUAUAAAUGUAUAACAAUUUCAGGGUUGGGUAGCUUUCAGUUCACAAGGUGAUCGAAUAGCAUUGACACAAAUCGAACAAGUCAUUGAUGGAAAGUACGUUAAACUUGGUUAUUAUGACACACAGUUUGAUAAUUUGACUUGGCUCGGUAAAGAAAGAUGGAUAGGUUAGUAUGAUAAAAAUUAUAUCUUACGGACAUAAUAAGACAUUUAAAAUUUCCAAUUUAUUUAAAGAAUAUUUAAGAUAAAUAUGUCGCUGUCAGUGUGGUUUAAACUUGCCCAAGUGCACCAUUUGAAAACGAUUAUUUUGAUUUUAUGUUUUUUUGUACAGCUUAUUAAAUUAUUUCUGUAUACGUCAAAUAUAUUUAGGAAUUAUUUUAUUUUAUACAUAUUAAUUUUUUCAAACAGGAGGUAAAAUUCCACAGGACAGAACUGUGAUUCGCCGUGUAUUGCGUACAUUAUCACUGCCAUUACUGAUAUGUAUGUGGGUAAUUACAGCGAUUGGAAUACUCGUAGCUAUUAGUCUUAUAGUAUUCAAUAUUAUCAAUCACCACAGAAGGUAUGGCGUGAAUAAAAACCGUUGUCCGUUGUCUUAUUAUUUAUUUGUUAAUAAUAUAAAUUCAGAGUCAUUGCUCAAUCGUAUCCAGCUUGUAACACCAUUAUGCUGUCCGGUUGUGUGCUGAGCUUAAGCAGCAUAUUUUUAUUUGGAUUGGACGGUCAGAUAAUUUCACCGACUGUUUUUCCAAACAUAUGCCAAAUAAAAACUUGGGUAUUAUCGAUUGGAUUUACGUUGGGGUACGGUGCGAUGUAUAGUAAAGUAUGGAGAGUACACAGAUUGCAUACGAGUCAAAAGAAAAACGCUAUCAGAGUAAUUUAUAUAAUAAAUUUAAAUGCUUUAUUUAUUUAUUUAUUAAAUUAUAUAUGUUUUUAGAAAGCCUUGCAACCUUGGAAAAUGUAUUCAAUCGUAAUAUUUUUAUUGGCCGUUGAUGUUGCAAUUUUAUUUAUCUGGCAAUGUAUGGAUCCAUUAAUGCGUGAUAUACAAGUUUUUCCUUUGGAAAAUCCAUUAAAUAGCAACGAUGACAUAAAAAUAAGACCUGAACUUGAGCAUUGUAAGAGUGAAAAUCAUAAUUUUUGGCUAAGUGAGUUUUAAUGAUAUUAUUUUUUCUUCAAACGUGUCAGUUAAAUACGUGUAAUAAAUGUUGUUGAUUUUUGCAUGUUUAAUGAAUAAUGAUUAUAAGAAUAGAAAUUUAAUUUGCCAAUUUAUUUUUCAGGUUUAACAUUAAGUUACAAAGGAUUGUUGUUACUUUUUGGGCUUUUCGUCUCGUACGAAACCAGAAGCGUUAAACUCAGGCAAAUAAAUGAUUCGCGAUACGUUGGAAUGUCAAUUUAUAAUGUGGUUGUUACGUGCUUAAUAACUACGCCAGUGAUUAUGGUGACUGCAUCACAACAAGAUGCUAGUUUCGCUUUUGUAGCGUUGUCCGUUAUUUUCUGUUGCUUUCUUUCCAUGGCAUUGAUAUUUGUACCAAAAGUAAGAAAUAAUGAAUACAAAUUAGCUUCAUAUUAUACAAUAUCAUUGCAGCAGAUAAAUGUUUGAAUACAUUUUAGGUGAUCGAAGUGAUACGAGACCCACACGACAAACCAGAAUCUAAAUACAACCCGGACGCAGGAAUGUCAAAAGAAGACGAAGAUAAAUAUAAGAGACUUAUCGAAGAAAAUAAACAACUCGCUGCUACAAUCAAAGAAGUAAAGAGAUACCUAUAGAAAAUUUCAACUAGACUAUAAUCUAAACAAAACAAUUUACACAUUAAUAAAAAUAAAAAUUAAAAAAGUAGGAUACAUAAAGUUAUUUAAUUUAUACUUGCAACCAACGAUUAAUAACGAAAAACGAUUCGAAGCGAAGUUUGGUUACACAAGUAUUGAAAGACGAUAAUAAUUACGAUUUUCGUUAAAAUUUUAUUUUUAAACUCUUAUAUAUAUAUAUAUAUAUAAAAAUACUACAUUGCACCUAAUUUUAUUUUUAGAAACAAAAUGCAUUUGUUUUUUUCCCCCGUUACAUUCCCGGCGUGGUUUUGCAAAAAUAAUGUCGGAACUCGGGUUUGAAUCCGAGGUGACAACAGGUUUACCUAACACCACUUAACUGCGACAGACAUACUAUAUUAUCGAAAAUAUUGAGUUAUUUAACAUAAUACAUAUAAUAUUCGCAUUAUAUCAGAACUUCAAAAAGCUAUAAUUUCAAAACUAAGUCAGUACGCUCAAUGUUGGAUUCACCAUUGUUCUUAAAUUUGCAAUAUACAUAUAUUAAAAAUUAAACAAAUAGAAAAAUUUGCAUGAACCAGUAAUUAGAUUUGUUCCACUUAAUUUUUACUCAAACGAUUUUCGACAAAAUUUGAUAUUAAAAUUCUUUUAUAAAAAAAAAAAAAUACUACAUUAAGCUCAAUUUUUUUUUCUGACCAUAAUGUACGAAUUUAAACCUCCCUCUCAAAUUUUCAAGCAUUUCUAUUAAAUCUAACAAUUUAUUUAUAAAGUACCUACCAAAUAAAAAUUACGUUGAAACACUCUCAAAAUUAAAAUGUCUAUAAAAAACUUAAAAAUAACUCAAGUAUUUUGAAAACGUUUAAAAAAAGUACGUAUACAUUUUCUGUUAGCAUUUCAUGGAUUUACGAAUAUUUUAAUCUAAUUUACAACGAAAAACCAAAAUUGAAAAUAAUAAAAGCGUUAUUUUCGUAAAAUUUCCCGUUAUGUCUACGCUUUUUUUUUUUAGAUUAUGCUCAUUAUCAAUAAAAUUACAGAGAAAACGAAUAACUUACUCAUUAACUAGAUUAAAAAUUUAACUAAAAAAUGUCUCUUAUUAUUUAUGUAUUGGAUUAAUAUUUAUAGUAGAAAACAUAAACCGUAAAAUUUAAAUUAAAGAAAUCGUUGUGUGGUAAUUUGAAAAAAAUCGUAUAUUUCGUCUUUAUUGUUUUCCUAAUUAUAAUAAAAAACACUUUAGAUAUCAAAAAACGACCUUGUCUGUCAGUGGAUAUGUAUUAAAAGGAACAAAUCGAUCUCUUGUCAUUUUUGAUUGGAGUAGUAUGUCUGGUCGAAAACAAGUUGAACAUAUUAAAAUAAUUAAACCGGGACGCUACGUUGCCGUUUCCCAAUUAUUACAAAAACUGAUUUGGAUAUUGAAAAACGAUUUAAUUUGUCAUUAGAAAAAUCUUAAUAGGAACAAAAACCAUCUCUAGUCACUUUUGGAUUGGAAUAAUAUUUCUGGUAGAAAGCAUCGCGUUAAUAACAUAAUACAAACAAUGAAAACGGUAACGCCGCAGCGCGGUAAAUAUUUGCUGUUUUACUUACAAUUACCUUUCGGUUUUUUCCAAUUAUUUCGAAAACCCCUUGGUAAAUCAAAAAAUGACCUCCUAAAGGCACCAACAAAAGAAAAUUAGCUUUCAGGAAAAGUCUAUACAGUCUAUACUUCGGAGCAAGUUUUCUGGUAGAAAAAUUGUUCACAGACAGAAAAAAAAUUUAAAAAAUGUCAACAUUUCGUUAAUUUCACGUUUUGCAUUUUAAAGUUUAAGAUACAUUAUUGUACCAAUGAUUUUCUUUUAGAUUUUGAGUGCAGUGAGGAAUUUAUUAAAGUUAAACUAUGAUGUGUGCUUAUUAUUCCAUUUUUUAUGUUUGUGUAAACAACUUUUUCACCAGAAAUCUUACUUCAUUUAAAAAAUUACAAGAGACCCCUUUUGUUUAAUUUAGAAUGUAUUUGGUGCAUUGAGAAUGAUAUUUUUAAAUUUUUCUUAUAGUUUUCAUAAUAGUUGACAAAAACCGGAAAAAAAUGGAAAAUAUACUUACGGUUUCAGUAUUUUCAAUUUUCUAUUUUUGUCAUAAUUCGUUUGAAAAUAAUUGUGAAAACCUCACAUUUUCACGAAAUACUGAAAUUAGGGUGUUUCAACGUAGUCAAUUUUUCAAAACAUUACGAAUUUUGAGCUAUUUAUAGGCAUUUUUAAAAAUUGUUUAAUUAAAUUAUUUCAUUUUAAAGUUGUAGUGGCAGUUGAGAUGGUGAUGUAAAGAGGGUAAUUUGGGCGGUCGUGUACAGUACCGGUAAUGGCGGUGGCUACGUGUGUGAGGGGGUAAUUCGGACGUUUUAAGUUAAAAUUAUGAUGAAAUAAUAACAAUUACGGCAUUUCAAAACAUGUUUAACUGAACCUCACUCAGAACCGUAUUAGCAAUUAUUUAUCAUUGCGGUCAGAUAUAAAUUAAAUAACUCUAUGUAACUUAACUUCCCAAUUUCCGACCUACAACAGUUGCACACCUAUCAGACGUAUCAACUCUUUGUGUUGAUUAUAUUUUAGAGUAUAGGCAAUUUAAAAUUAAAAAUACGUUAUUCAAACGUACAAAAAUAAAUAUGUUUUUUAUGGUGACGAUGGUAUCUUUUUUUUUUAUUUUAAAUUUGGUUAAAGCUCAAAUUCCAAGUAAAUUUUUGUUUAUCGUAUGUACCAAAUAUAUAGGUAACGAACCAAUGACUAAACAUAAAUAGGUUAGUGAGCAAAUUCAAGUUAUUAUCUGUCUUCUUCUUCUCGUGUGUUCGACAUAUUCUAUACUCUCAUUUUCGACCAGUGCUUUACGAAAUCCACCUUCCGAUAUUAAUUUAUCAUACAGAUCCUUUCGAUCUUUUAUCGUGUAUUGUGCAUUCGUGCAUUUAAAUAGAUGUCUGUCACCUGUAUUCUCCGCAGUUAAAUUAUCUUGGAUUGUCUUCGAUACCCCAUUUCACAUUUACUCGUGUGUACUCUAAGUAGAAAUAUGUAGUUAUUUAAUCAAUGGUAUACUAUUAUUUUGUACAAAUUAGUAUAUUUAAAACUUAAUAUUAUCACUAGAAGAAAAAUUAUAAAUUAUAAAUAUGUAUAUUUUUUAAACAUUUUAUUGAGUUAAAUAUGUAUUAUUUGUUUUAGAAAGAAGAAAAAUUAAAACUACUUAAAUCCGAUUUAGCCAGUUUAAGGGGCGAUGUCGAUAAGACUGAACUUAAAUGGAAUGACGAGUCACAGCUUACUGAACAUUCAUUCUUGUCGCAGUCGGUAAAUAAAGAUACUUUAAUUGUAGCCGAUUUCAUAACUGGUGAAGGUACAUCGGACUCAGCGUUCAUUGCUGGUACGGCCACUACUUAUUCUAGAGCUAGUGCCUCAGAUAUGGAAUUUUCUGAAUCCUACUUGUAAAUACUUAGAACAUUUAAUAUCAAUGUGCAUAAAACAAUCGACCAAAAACCAAUUUAAUCAAUUUACUUCAUACAGGGUGGCUUAAAAUUUUUUUAGGUAUUUCACAAAAUAAUUUAAAAAUUAUUAGAGAAAAACUAUAAACGUUACAAUCAUAAUCUUACCAAAUGAGAAAAUGGUACUAAUAUAAAACUAUUUCUUGAUUUUAUUUAUGUUUUCCAUAAUAUAUGUUUAUACCAGUUGGCUAUUACAAUAUAUUUUAAUAUAAAUAUUUUUUGAAAUCAACUAUUUAAUUAACACAAUACAUUUUCUAGUUUAUUUUAGUAAUGCCUACUUAUAUGUAUUAUGUCAAGGUUAAUUGUAUUGAGCUUAGGUAACUGAAAAUAACUAACAAUUAAUUGUUGAUAAUUACCUACAUAUUUUCGAAUUUUUAGUUAUAUUCUAGUUAACAUUAACUGAAAUAUUGUUUAAGUACCUAGAUCAUUUGAUUACAUUUAGUUUUAAACUAUUCUGAAAUACCACUCUGAAAUAACUCUCAUCUGAUUUAAUUUGGACUUUUUUUUAAGAAAUUUGAGUACAAUCAUUUAUGUAUCAACCAAAAAUUAUCGAUUUUAAUGUACUAAUCGUAUCAAUAAUUUGUAAAGUAUGCGAAAAACCAAAAGAAAAAAAUCAACUAUUAUAUUUACCUAUAAGUAACUUAUUUUCUUCUUUACAUUUUGCAUGAUUAUUAAUGAGAAUUCUAAUUUUUUACUUAUUUCUUCUAAUCUGGUUAAUUUUAAAUAUUUUAAUUUUUUAACAACGAUUUACUAACGCAUUUGUAAAUGAUUAACAUAAUCAAUAAUUUUAAAUUAAAAUAUUACACUACUUUUUCAAGUCAUUAGAAAAAAGAUUGCUCAUAAAACUAAAUGAUUAGAUAUUUGUAUUAUACUUAAUUAUUAUAUAGUAUGCGAAUCAAAUCAUCAAAAUAAUACCUACCUAUUACAUGUUACAUAAAUGUUUGAAGUGGUUGUACUCGGUUUUCUUAGUAUAGAACGUUAACGAAAAUAAUUUUUUUUUGAACUUAUACUGUUGACCAUAAAGGUAUAUUGUACCUACCGGACUCUAAUAUUAUCAAUAUUAAAAUCAUUGAUAAUUUUUAUAUUAUCAUUGUAAAACAAUAUAAAUCAGCUUACAAACAUAGGAAUUAAUUUUUACUUUUUUUUUUUUUAUCAACAAUACAUUUAUAUAUAUAUAUAUAUAUAUAUACUAUAUGUAUAUAUAUAUAUAUUAUAUAUCUACAUAUUAUUUUUAUUAUUAUUGAGUUGUAUGUUAACAUUAAAUAAAUUAAAAUUAAUAAAUAAUAAAAAUGAUUUGCACAUUGGUGCAUUUAUUUAUAUAAUUACACUGUUGGAUUUUAACUGAUAUAAUUGAAAUAAUAUUUUCACAUUUGUGUGUUAAAUGUUAAUAAUGCAAACAUAUCGGUUCAAUUUCAUUAAAUGUUAAAAUGAAAUAGUUUGUUGUCCACUAGAUAUAAUAAUUAUGAAUAAUAUAAUACAUUUCUCUGUAAAAAAAAAAAAAAAAACUUUGUUACUUACGCAUAUUAGAAAACUGUAGUAUUGAACUGUGAUUAUUAAAACAAAAAAAAAAAUCAUAUCUAACAAUUAAUACGGGUUUAUUAUUUUGUUUUAAAAAAAAAAAAAUGUUUUGCGUAGCUAUCAAGAAUUGACGAGAACAGUCAAAUGUAAUCUACAGAAUGAGGAGCACGAACACCAUCGUAAAUGCAUUAUUUGACUGUCUACGAUUAGACGAAAAACGAAUUUUACAAUAUAAAAAUACACACCAUCUGUUGUAAAAGUUAUUACAUUUUGGCUCAUGAUGUUUUGAUUUCAUUGAAAUAUUUUUACUUAAUUAUUAAAUGAAAACAUCUAACUGUAUUUAGUGGGAUAAUGUAAUGUGUAUUAAGUGUUAAUUAUUAGAUAUUUUGUUUUUUGAUAUAUGAGAAUUUCCUUAUUGGAAGGUGUGAUUUUUUUUACCAGAAUGGAUGUAAUUUUUUUGAAAUUGUAUGCAUGCGAGGAUAGGUCAAUGCGUGUGUAGAAACGGUAGAAUAAAGCGAACUGUUAUUGACGAUAGUAUUAUUAUCAUCAAUUAUUAAUAUUUUUUUUAUUUUCUACGUGAAUAGUGUGAUUCAAAUAAAUUCUAUAUUAGAACAUUUCCAUUUAUUAUUUAUUUUAUAGUAUUACGUUAAGUUUUCUCUUAUUAAAAUAAAAUAUUUUUUCUAAAAAUCGUAUUUAAUGAUAUUAUUUUAAACAUAUAAAAAUUAAAUUUUGUCAGGUCAAAUACCAUAAAAUGUUUGAUCACAGUUUUAUAACACCUACUAAACUGAUUUCUUUAUCGUUACAUUCUAUUUAUCCUAUUAAUAUUCCUACUUUAUUGAAACGUGAUAUUAUUUUAAUUUUAUAUUUGAGUAGGUACCAAAGAUUUUUUUUUAUUAUUUUAGACUACUGUACCAUAUUGCUAUAUCUUCCAUUAAACCAACAUCACGGACUUAGAAUAAUACCUAAAUUGAAGUUGUGUUAGACUUUUAGAUACAAUUUCAAUACCUACCUAAUUGAAAGCAAUUGGUUUAUUGGUAAUAUCAUAUGUGUAGUAGUAGGUCUAUGUCACUAUGUAACAUGUAUAGUGUUAUACAUACAUAUAUGUACAUGUUAUGUUUAUAUAUAGGUAUCUAUGUCAUUUUAUGUCAAUAUAAUCUUAAGUCGUAUUAAUAAAAUUUGAAAAUAUUUUUAAAUGGGGUUCAAGACAUCUACAUAUAUUAUUAUUUUCAGACAAUUUUGUAUACUGUAUCAUAUUAGAAGCAUAUUCCUUGUCAACAUAAUAUUCAGACGUUUUGAAUUUUAAAGAAUCUAUAAUGUUUAGCAUGUAGUUAAAUACAAAUAACUACAGUCGUCAAGUACACAAGGCGUCAUCCAAAAUUACCCGUACUGCGUUAAUAAUAUUUAUAUCAAUAAAAAUAACUAAACAUCUAUAAUUGUACAUGAUAAAGUUACAUUUAACGAGUUUUAGAGCGUUAGUUUGAGACCGAUGACAAUAUUUAUUUUUAUUUCUUUGCGAUUUUAUGUAACCGCGUUUUUGUCGUGUAAUCAAUUUCAUUAUGGCAAUUCUUACGACAAUGACCCGACCCACAGUUCAUUGCUCAUUCGUUAGUUUUUAGCCAAAAAUCGAACUCCAGUCGUUCAUAUGACUUUUUUGUUUCCUACGUUGCUAAGUUGAAGUCAACGUUUAAAGGACGCCGGUUUUAAACAAUCGAUGACAUUAAACAAAAUACGGAAAACGAUUUUAAAGAUAUUCCUUUAUAAAUGCUUAUCACCGGGCCACCAGAAGUGUUUUCAAAAGUGGAAAAUAAGAUAGGAGAGGUGUAUUGCUUCUCAGUGAGUUUUUUUUUGAAGGUAAUAAUGUGUUUUAGAAUAUAAUAAUGCAAUUAUAUUGCGUUAAUAAAGUUUUAAUUAAAAAAUACGAGUAGGUACUAUAUAGUUAUAUAUAAUAUAAUUCUAUUAAUACAAAAUUUGAAAUUUAAAAAACAUCACAUAGUACUAAAUGAUGAUUAAAAAUGUGAAGAAGGCUACAUCAUAUUUUUCAAAAAAAAAAACCAGUUAUUUGUGUAUAAAAAAUAUUAUCUAUUGUAUUGAUAAUAAUUUUGAUUUAUAAUUAAAUUUUUUAUUGAUUGAAUAAUUCUAUGUAUUUCAUUGCAUUUUGUAUCAAAUGUAUAAAAUAGAAUAUUUUAUUUACAUAUAAGUAUUUUUAUUUCAAAAUAUUUAACGCGGUGUGUUUAGGAAUGCAAGUAUGUGUUUAUUUUAACGCCAAUAGAAAUUAUUUUACCAUCCGAG